GCAGAAUCAUGGCUCGUAAAUCUGUAUGCUGUAAAUUAACCAGUUUGGAGGUCAUACUCAUAAUUCUGUUCAUUUUGAUGACUGGAAUCGCAAUGGGACUUAUGGCCAUUUUAGGUCUUCACAUGAACUCCAAAGAGAAAAAAGUUGCAGAACAUCUCACUGCCUCUGUAAAACCUGAAGAAAACCCUUAUCUGAUCGGCGUGGGUCGAGCAGACUGUACUGGACCAGUAGCAGACAUUCCUCUGAUGGGCUAUGGCAACCCUGACCAGACUGCAGGAGGAAUCCACACUCGCCUGUACAGCAGGGCCUUCAUUGUGGAUGAUGGCAGCAAGAGAGUGGUGUUUGUGAGCGCUGAAAUCGGCAUGGUCUCACAAAGACUGAGACUGGAGGUGCUCAAGGCGCUGGAGGUGAAUUAUGGAAAUCUCUACAGGCAAGACAAUGUAGUUCUGAGUGGCACACACACACACUCUGGUCCAGCAGGGUAUUUCCAGUACACCCUCUUUAUGAUCACCAGUAAAGGCUACAUCAAGUCUUCUAUGCAAGCUCUGGUGAAUGGAAUUGUUAAGAGCAUCGAUGAGGCACAUAAAAACAUGAGGCCUGGGAGGAUCUUUUUGAACAGAGGCAAUGUUUUGGACAGUAACCUCAACAGGAGUCCAUACUCAUACAUGAACAACCCAGAGGAGGAAAGAAAAAGCUAUGAAACCAAUACAGACGAGCAGAUCAUAAGCCUGAAGUUCACAGACCUGGAUGGGGAUGGAUUGGGAAUAUUCAGCUGGUUCGCCGUCCAUCCAGUCAGUAUGAAUUAUACCAAUCGUAUGGUGAGCUCAGACAAUCUUGGUUAUGCCUCCUAUCUGUUCGAACAAGAAAAGAACAUUGGCUCGUUGCCUGGUCAGGGCCCAUUUGUCGCAGCGUUUCCCACCAGUAACAGUGGAGACGUGUCUCCAAAUACUCGUGGACCACAUUGUAUGAACACUGGAGAGAAGUGUGAUUUUGUCAACAGCUCCUGUCCCAUUGGUGGGAAUAAAAUGUGUGCUGCAUUUGGACCAGGUAAUGACAUGUUUGAAAGCACCAGGAUUAUUGGAGAAAGUAUUUACUCAAAAGCAAAGGAACUUUAUGGCAGUGCUCAGCAGGAGGUACAUGGCAAUGUCCAUACUGCACAUCAGUGGGUCAACAUGACAGAUGUAACUGUACAGCUUUCCUCCACCCAGAGUGUCAAGACUUGUAAGCCUGCACUUGGCCACAGCUUUGCUGCAGGAACAAUAGAUGGAGGAGGAGACCUUAACUUCACACAAGGGGCAAUUGAAGGAGAUCCGUUCUGGGACGGAAUUAGAGACGCCCUCUUGGGUAAACCUUCUCAAGAAAUUCAGGACUGCCAAAACCCCAAACCAAUUCUGUUUAGCACUGGAGAGAUGAACUGGCCACUCCCGUGGCAUCCAGAGAUAGUAGAUGUCCAGAUCAUCACUAUUGGACCAGUGGCCAUAGUGGCAGUUCCUGGAGAAGUGAGCACUAUGUCAGGAAGAAGAAUCAGACAGGCGGUCAAACAGGAACUGGAGACAAAUAAUGCUUUCACCAACCCAGAAGUGAUCAUUACUGGCCUCUGUAACAUCUACACACACUACAUCACUACCUACGAAGAAUACCAGGUGCAGAGGUAUGAAGGUGCUUCCACCAUCUACGGCCCUCACACUCUCUCAGCCUACAUUCAGCACUUCAGAGGACUUGCCAAAGCUAUUGCAGAGGGAAAGACUGGAGAAUUACUGAAAGGUCCCGAGCCUCCUUUCUUCAAAGACAGUCAGCUGAUCUCACUGGUACCAGCUGUUCCUGUGGAUAGAACACCAACUAACACUACCUUCGGUGAAGUCCUGGAGCAGGUCAAUCCUAUUUAUAAAGUGGGAGAGGUCGCAUCCAUUACUUUCAUCGCUGGAAACCCCAGGAACUCUGGAGACAUGAGAGACAAGACCUUUGUCACAGUGGAGAAGUUUCUCAUGGCUAGCAACACAUGGGAGGUUGUUCAUACAGAUGCAUCAUGGGAGACAAGAUUUCACUGGAUUAAAGGGACAGGAGGUCAGAGCAAUGCAACAGUGGAGUGGCAUAUCCCUCUCUCAGCCCAGACCGGCACCUACAGGAUUCGUCAUUUCGGACACUCUAAAAAGUUUGGUUUUCCCAAUCCUGUGUUGACUCCAUAUGAGGGCACUUCAGAUACAUUCCGAGUCACCAAAACACUCUAUUCCUUUUGAAUGCUCAACCAACUGCCCCUGUGCCUCAUAUUCACCCUGAUCAGAACCAUUAUAU